AUGUCCACAGCUAUGGCCAUUGAGUCGAAUAGUGUGGGAAUAUCCAAUCCUCAAGAUGUGGGCGACCAAGUGCCCACGAAGGGGCCUAUACCCACUGGCCCUGGCGAUGUAAUGUCGUUGGAUAAUGUUGACCGGGCAUUGAGCGCGAAGAUGCAUCAUGUCAACGAUGCUAUCGACACGAUCGGCUUUACGCGCUAUCAUACCAAACUCUUCUUCCUUAACGGAUUUGGAUAUGGCGUUGACUCCCUUCUACUUUUUCUUAUGAGUAUUUCGGCCGAACAAGUCGUGGCACAAUAUCCUCCGAAAUUCACACGAGGGGCCCAGCUUGGUUUCUAUCUCGCACUUUUGGUUGGCGCCCUAUUUUGGGGAAGUACAGCAGAUGUGAUAGGUCGGAAGUGGGCAUUCAACUUCUCGCUGCUGAUCAGUGCGAUAUUCUCAACCGUCGCCGGUGCCGCCCCGAACUACCCCGUGUGGGCAUCAUUUGUCGCACUUUCUGCUUUUGGGUCUGGCGGUAACUUGGUAUUGGAUACCACUGUCUUCUUGGAAUAUCUUCCAUCGAACAAGCAAUGGCUUCUCACUCUGCUUGCUGGGUGGUGGGGAGUUGGGCAGACUGUAGCUGGUCUAGUAGCUUGGGGCUUUAUGGCCAACUAUAGCUGUCCCUCUGACGGUUCAGUUCCAUGCACCAAUGCCAACAACAUGGGCUGGAGAUAUCUAUUCUACACGUGUGGCGCACUUGUGUUCGUGCUCAGCGUGGCCCGAGUCCUAGUCAUUCGGUUUCAUGAGACACCAAAGUUUCUUCUAUGCCAAGGAAAGGAUGAAGACGUGAUCAAGACCUUGAGAAAUCUCGCUGAGCGGUAUAAUCGACCUUGCUAUCUGACAUUAGAGCAACUCCAAGCAUGCGGACAAAUCCAAAGUGCACACGCCAAACAGAAAGCGUCAUUGUCCGAAGUCGGGGUUCAUAUCAGAGGCCUUUUCGCGACUCGGACCAUGGCACUCUCUACAUCCCUCGUGUGGCUGUCGUGGGCUCUGAUCGGCCUAGGCUAUGCGCUGUACUAUGUCUAUCUACCCGAAUACCUGGCGUCCCGCGAUGCAUCCACCGGCGAGUCAUCGAGCUACAUCACAUGGAGGAAUUAUGCCAUAACCAACCUUUGUGCCGUUCCAGGUCCAAUAAUUGCGGGCUUCAUGUGCGAGAUGCCUAUAUUCGGGAGAAAAAGGACCAUGGCAUUCGGGGCAUUUGCUACAAUGGCUUUCUUUUUCGGCUAUACCUCCGUUCGCACAAGUGCCGAGAACUUGGGUUUCUCUUGUGCCAUCUCGGUCACCAUCAAUAUUUACUAUGCGACAUUGUACGCUUAUACGGUUGAGAUUCUGCCAUCCGCCCAUCGUGGGACUGGUAACGGUGUGGCUGUCGCCCUUAAUCGACUUAUGGGAAUGGUUUCAGCUCUCAUUGGCGCGUUCACUUCUACGUCGAGUUCCGUUCCCAUUUAUGUGUGUGCCGGGCUGUUGGGUAUGUGCGGAAUCCUCGCCGUCUUUUUCCCACUUGAAUCUCGUGGAAGAAGGAGUAUCUAG